AUGUUUGAAACAAUGCUGAACCAACCUACUCAAGUAGAAUUGGAAGAAAACCUCAAUACGGUUGAACAGAGAUUAGACGAACCCACGUUAGAAGAAGUAGAAAGGGCAGUAAAUAUGUUGAAAAAUAGGAAGGCACCAGGGGAAGACGCAAUUGUUGCAGAACUACUGAAAGAAGGAGGAAAAGAACUAAUGACACGACUGAAAAGACUAGUAGAUAAUAUAUGGAAACAAUAA